UGACGCUUUGCGUCCUUGUCUUUCAUAUUUUGGGGAUAUAUUUUUUAAGCUACCUCCAUUGUAAAGCCCAGGAAGCGAGAGGGGAAAAGAGAGUUGGAGACAAAGCAAAAUGCAGGCUGUUAGGUCUGGAAUUCGAGCAUUGGCACGGCGGUCAUUAAUACAUUCAAGGAAAUGCACUGCUUCAGAUUUGCCGAAGUAUUUUGCAAGCCUAAAUUCCCAAGAAUUUAAUAAUAGAAAUGUGCAUGUACAGUCGUGGGUGCGGGGAUUUUUGGGUAGAAGAGAGUACACCCAAGUGGCCUACUCCCCUGCAACUUAUUUAGACAAGCAGGAGGUCACGGAUCGAGUGAUUCAAGUGUUCAAAUCUUGCCCUCAAGUCGAUCCUUCAAAGGUUGGUCCAACAGCUCAUUUUGAGAAAGAUCUUAGCCUGGACAUUCUUGAUACGGUGGAAAUUAUGAUGGAAAUGGAGGAAGAAUUUGCCAUAGAUAUUCCCAAUAGUGAAGCUGAUAAGAUGGCAUCAUGUGCUGAUGUCAUCAAAUAUAUUGCUGCUCACCCUCAAGCCAAAUGAUAUAUUGUGCUCUACAUUCUGUUUAUCUUGAUUGUUUGGGAGUUAAACUUAAACCCCAACUAUAAAGCCGAACUCUUUUUAUUUGUUCCAAGUUUUUGCUGCCUCUGGUUGUAAGAAGUUACCUCAGAUAGAACAUUUAACGUGUUAUUUAACAGGGAUCUUGUCAACUAUGGACAAGAAUCACUCCUGUCGGAUUCAACAACGUAUUCAAGAAAUAAAUGGAAUUCUUGCAAAUAUCAUA